UCGAUUCAACAAUGUUGAUACCACAACAACAACAAACAUCGACGAAUAAUCAACAACAACAAAAUCAUCAUCAACAGAUAAGCAUUCCAAUGAAUAUGACAACGGCAUCAGGUGGUGAUCAAACAUCAACGAUAUUCUCAAUAAUACAACAGAAUCAAAAUAUUGACCAAUCAAAUAUUGAGAAUAAUAAUACGGGAAAUAUUAAACUUAUAUCACAUACGAUUGGAAAUUCUCAAACAUCAACAACAUCUACUACGACCACCAAUAUAACCGGUCAAUCAUCAUCAUCAUCAUCGCCACCAACAACAUCAACUGGUGCUGGUAAUCAAAAAGUGUUCAAAUGUGUCAUUUGUGACAAAAUAUUUGCUAAUGCAUAUAAUCUAAAUCGUCAUAAUAAAUCACAUAGCGGUUUUCAGCCAUACGUUUGUGAUUAUCCGGCUUGUUCAAAACGAUUCAAUUAUAAUUAUCAUCUAAAAAGACAUAUGGAAACACAUACUGGAGCACGACCAUUCGUAUGUACAUGGCCAGAUUGUGAUCAACGCUUUAAUCGUAAAUAUAAUCUUAAUCGUCAUCUAUGGAUACAUGCAGAGAAUAAGAAUAAAAUUCAACAUCAUCAUCAACAACAACAACAGUAACUCAGUUACGAUAAUGAUGGAAGAUUAUUUAAAGAAAUGAGUGAAUACAAAAAAAAACAUUCACCAAACACACCCACACAAAUAGAAUUAAUAUAUUAUUCUAUCGAUUCCAAUCAUCUAUGACUAUUUUCAUUUAUUGGCCAUCUUUUUUCAUCAUCCUAAAAAUUUGUAAAUAAUAACUACAAACUAAAAACAAUAACAAUAAGCACAAGGUAUAUACAUAAUUAUUGGACUAUUCCCGUUCUCUCUCGCCAUAACUUGUCAUCAUCAUUAUCAUUAUAUUAUCGAUAUAUGAUUUGCAUUGCUGUUUUUAAAACUACACACACACACACACAAACAUUUCUCUUGUAUAUUUUAUUCGAAUAAUAAAUUA